GAAGUUUUUUUUCCCCUUCCAUAAACGUUGCUGUUUGCUAGCUUCGAGAAGCUGUACAAUAGAAGAAACGAUUAUGUUAUAAACAUUUGCAUAUCUGCAUAUUUGUUUCUGUGUAACAACAGUGAUUUUAUUUGAUGAGCAAUGUCUAACACCGUUUCUUUUAGUACACAAAUAGGUGCAAUCAUGGAUGUGCUAGCAAAGGCAGCUGUUGCAGAAAUAACCAAAUUUGUAGACGAGGGUACUGUCGUUCUACGGCUGGAAAUGUGUCGGAAAGAAAAUGAGAUAGAAGGCCUUAAAAAUAGUUUACAGCUGAUGGAAAGAGAACUGAGGAAAGCUCAAAGGGAAGCAGCAGCACGAGGGACAAAUGACAGGCAACAUGCUGAAGGAAUUCAGCUUGGGAGUGGGACCUCACAAAAAGGUAAUGAAGAGGACCAGAAAUCCAAAGCCACGCCUGUAGAGGACCCGGAGAAGUUCAAUGAGCUGCAGAGCUCCGGACACCUUGUGGAGGCGAGGGGUGGACUGGAGUUGCUGGUGAAAGCAGAGCAGGUGGAAAAACAUGUAGCCCAGGGAACUGUACAGGACCCAGGAAUCACAGGCAGUUUGGACUUUAGAAUGGAUGAGAGAGAUAGUCAGCUGUGGUUCUCUGUUACACAAGGACUAAGUGGGAAUGAUUCCACUCACCCAGAUGGGUCUUACACUACAGAGAGAUGCUUACAGAUGUUUUCCUCUCAGGCAGAUCAAUAUCCCGUUCCCAUCCCAUCCCAUCCUGCUUCCUGCAACUCUUUGUCUUCUGCAGAGAAACCACUUAAUGACAUUUUCAGCACUGUCCCAGUGAAAGUGGAGCCCGAGUGGCAUCCUCUUUAUCAUGGCGAUGCCAUGUCUGAGUCCUUUCAAGCUGACCAGGGGCAGUACAGAGAUACUCUGCACCCUGUUGUGAUGGAGGGCUUGAUGCUUCAGCCUAGACUGCAGCAGCCAGGACCUUCUUCACAAGGGCUCAUGAGAGCAACUGAGAACACAUCUGAGUCAAACUCACACAGCAAUGAGCAUAUUCUUAAUAAGAACAGAUUGAAAACAAAAAGAAUGGUCAACGUUUGGAGAGCUGUACCAAACCAAAAAGUGUUCAUAUGCUCAUUGUGUGGAAAGAGCUUCCACCGCCACUGUCAACUUGAAGCACACCAGCACUCUCAUGCUGGAGUCAAACCAUAUAGAUGUCUUGAGUGUGGGAAAAGUUUUACGCAGAAAACCAGACUUAAGUCCCAUCAGAGUGUUCACACAGGUGAGAGACCUUUCAGUUGCAGACUCUGUGGCAAGAUGUUUGCAAGGCAGGACAACUGCCAAAGACAUGAGCGAUUUCACAGUGGACAAAAGCCAUUUAGUUGUGUGCAGUGUGGUAAAAGUUUCACGGUUCUCGGUAACCUCAAAAUACAUCAAAAACAUCAAUGUAAAUUUGCUAAUGUAAGAAUGUAAGAACAUGUUGUUCAGUGUUUUCCUCGGCGUUGUACAGUUAAGCCUAACUGUGUCUUCUUGAAAAACAUGUUUAACAAUUAUUUCACCCAAUCGUUUCACCCUACUACUAACAACUCAAGUAAGAACUUCCAAUUGUUUUUUUUUUUUCAUCUUGAUGUUUAUUUAGGAAAUUACAGAGCUCAAAAAAGGGAUGCCAUAUUAGAAUGGCAAUUUGCCUGGAAUUUUUACUAAUUUCAACAAUAUCACAUAAAUCACUUGAUAUGCUUCAAGGGCUUUAUAGUAAGCAUUGUUAAAUGGGGAUGUCAAAUUUGAACAAAUAAUUGUCAUUUUGUGUGUCAUACCAUGAAUAUUAAAUUACAUUGAAUUGAA